AUGAAAAUCCGCUUCGAGUCUACCUCAAAGUUGAAAAUUUUAUGCAGCGUGCUUUUAUGGUUUGUCGUUAAUACGAAUUCCCGAACUAUGAGCACUGGGGAGACUCGAUGGCAGUUAUUUAAUCAAUGUAGCAAAGCUAUGCUUCAAACAUAUCUAGGACAUAUUAAUACUCGUGGAGUAUCAUCACGAUUAUGCCUCACAGACUUCAAUGUGAAAGUCAAUCGCCUGGGCAUGUUUCAAUUACAACACGCACAAUCUAGGAAAUAUGUAUGUUUCAAUCGACGGAGACGAGUGACUGUACGCAUUGAGGGGGACAGCCUGAGAUGUUUUUUCAUCGAACGGAUAAAUGACCAUGGAUACACAGAAAUCGAAUCCGCAUGGGAGCCUGGGCAAUUUCUUGGUUUUAAUAGUCGUGGACGAUUUCAAGAUCCAUCAACAUAUAAAACAAAGCCGAAAUGCUUUUCGUGGACAAAAUUGCAACGAUUUGUGCCGAAUUCCGAGCUGCAUCGAUGUUCUCGACAGCCGAAAAAGAAAUUGAAUCACACGCUGCCGAUGCAUCAUGAGAGCUUUCUUAGAAAUAUGAUGAGGGCAUCGUUGUUGCAGAAGAUUCGAGCAACAAAGGACGGACCUUAUAAUUCAUGA